CGGGAGCGGCCGAGGCGGAGCCGCGAUGUCGGUGCCGCUGCUGAAGAUCGGCGUGGUGCUCAGCACGAUGGCCAUGAUCACCAACUGGAUGUCGCAGACGCUGCCGGCCCUGGUGGGGCUCAACGCCACCAAGCUCAGCGCCGCCUCCGGGGGCACCUUGGACCGCAGCACCGGCGUGUUGCCUACCAACCCCGAGGAAAGCUGGCAGGUGUACAGCUCUGCUCAGGACAGUGAAGGGCGGUGUAUCUGCACGGUGGUGGCCCCUCAACAGACCAUGUGUUCACGGGAUGCCAGGACCAAGCAGCUGCGCCAGCUGCUAGAAAAGGUACAAAACAUGUCCCAGUCAAUAGAGGUGUUGGACAGGCGGACCCAACGGGAUCUACAAUAUGUUGAAAAAAUGGAGAAUCAGAUGAGGGGGUUGGAAUCCAAGUUCAAGCAAGUGGAAGAGACCCACAAGCAACAUCUGGCGAGACAGUUCAAGGCAAUAAAAGCGAAAAUGGAGGAGCUUAGGCCCUUGAUCCCAGUGUUGGAGGAGUACAAAGCCGAUGCCAAAUUGGUUUUGCAGUUUAAAGAGGAGGUCCAGAAUCUGACGGCAGUUCUAAACGAGCUCCAGGAGGAAAUUGGCGCCUAUGACUACGAAGAGCUUCAGAACAGAGUGUCAAAUCUUGAAGAGAGGCUCCGGGCUUGCAUGCAAAAAUUAGCCUGUGGGAAAUUGACAGCAAUAAGCGACCCAAUCACGGUCAAGACAUCUGGAUCAAGGUUUGGCUCAUGGAUGACCGACCCCCUGGCUCCAGAAGGGGAAAACAAGGUCUGGUACAUGGACAGCUAUCACAACAAUCGCUUUGUCCGCGAGUACAAAUCCAUGGCUGAUUUUAUGAACACAGACAAUUUCACCUCUCACCGUCUCCCACAUCCGUGGUCUGGAACCGGCCAAGUUGUGUACAACGGCUCGAUCUAUUUCAACAAGUACCAAAGUCACAUAAUCAUCAAGUUUGACUUGAAAACUGAGACUAUCCUUAAGACUCGUAGCUUGGAUUAUGCUGGCUACAACAAUGUCUACCACUAUGCCUGGGGCGGGCAUUCCGACAUCGACCUCAUGGUGGACGAGAAUGGCCUUUGGGCUGUCUAUGCCACCAAUCAGAAUGCGGGGAACAUUGUCAUCAGCAAGUUGGACCCCAAUACCUUGCAAAGCAUCCAGACCUGGAACACCAGUUACCCAAAACGCAGUGCGGGUGAAGGGUUCAUCAUCUGCGGUACUCUGUAUGUCACCAAUGGCUAUUCGGGAGGGACCAAGGUGACCUAUGCCUAUCAGACCAACACUUCCACUUAUGAAUAUAUAGAUAUCCCCUUCUUAAACAAAUAUUCCCAUAUUUCUAUGCUGGACUACAACCCCAAGGACAGAGCCCUCUAUGCCUGGAACAACGGCCAUCAAAUACUCUACAAUGUCACCCUCUUCCACGUCAUCCGAUCUGAUGAACUGUAGUCCACUUUUCUCGGGAAAGGAACUGAAUGCGUUAACAGAAACAAACAAGAAAGAAAAUAAAUACAUGC